AUGGAUUUAAAAAACUCAACUCACCAUAUUGACAGAGUUGUGCAACCCCCACAAGAAGUUGCGAAAAAUAGGUUGAGCCUUACAACCACAAUAGAGGCCAUUAGGUAUCUAGCAAAUCAAGGAAUGACUUUUAGAGGUGAUGAUGAAUCUCAUGACUUCUCUAAUCGGGGUAAUUUUAUUGAGUUGGUAAAGGCUUUUGCAAGAAUGAACGAGGAAGUUGAAAAAGUUGUGUUACAAAAUGCUCCUCUAAAUGCCCAAUAUAUUUCACAUAAGAUACAAAAGGAGAUCUUAAAUAUCUAUGCUAACAAAGUGAGGAAGAUGAUACGUGAUGAAAUUGGGGAAGAUGAGAAAUUUUGUAUUCUCGUUGAUGAAGCACUUGACGAUUCUAAGAAGGAACAAAUGACUAUUAUCAUAAGGUUUGUUAGUUGUGAUGGGCAUAUUCAAGAAAGGUUUUUUGAUAUUGUGAGUGUUCAUGACACAAAUUCCUCAACUCUUAAAAGUGAUAUUUGUAAGGUGUUUAGUAAGCAUAGUCUUUUAGUAAGCAAUAUGCAUAGUCAAGGAUAUGAUGGUGCUAGCAAUAUGCGUGGUGAAUGGAGUGGCUUACAAGCAUUAUUUCUCAAUGAUUGUCCAUAUGCAUAUUAUAUUCAUUGCUUUGCUUAUCGCUUUCAAUUAGCUUUAAAUGUUGCUGCUAAAGAGGUAGGACUUGUUUGGAGAUUUUUUUCAAUGUUGAAUAACAUUGUGAAUUUUGUUGGUGCUUCUGCCAAACGCCAUUCUAAGUUAAAAUUAACCCGACAAGUUGAAAUUGAAGACUUAUUAGCAGCUGGAAGACUUGGAAUAGGUAAAGGGGCUAAUCAAAUUCGAUGUCUGCAACGACCUAGAACUACUCGUUGGGGCUCACAUUUUAGUUCUAUUAAGAGUUUGAUUGAUUUAUUUGGUGCAACCAAGACACUUCUAAAGGAUAUCAAUCAUAAUGGACCUACCUCACAAUUUCGUGGGGAAGCAGAAUGUAUUAAAGUUUCUAUGUUGUCUUUUGACUUUGUCUUUGCCUUGAAUUUGUUGGACAAAACUAUGAGAUUCACUGAUUUUCUUUGUCAAGAACUUCAAAGAAAAUCUCUCUGGACAUUGUAA